GUAUUCGCGAAAUAGCAAUGACCACAACACGCGACGUGUCCUGAGUCCGGGACUCGGUGAAUCUCCUGUCCUGUGUGCUGUUGCGUUUGGUAAAGAAGGGAAGGACGACCCAGAAGUUCCUGCCGGGGGUAGCGGCGCGGCGGCCGUCGGGCGGCGGCGAGAAGAAAGAGGAGGAAUCUUGGGCCGCUGUAAUCUUUCCUUCGAACCCGAACCCUCCUUCUCCUCCCUGCACCAUCUCCGCAUGGAAUCGGGGCCCAAAUCGGAAGCAAAACAAGACGAGGAGGGAUCGAGUGCGAUGGGCGGCGGCGGCGGCAGCAGCAGAAGCAGCAAGGUGUAUCACGAGAGGCAACGGCUGCAGUUCUGUCUCCUCCACGCCCUCAACAACCUUAUGCAGGAAAAGGAAUCUUUCACCCGAGCUGAGUUAGAUGGGAUUGCUGGAAAUCUCGUCCAGAUUGAUCCAAAUAAGGAGCACUGGACUCCUAUGUCAUUGAUUUUUAAGCCCCACCACAACGUAUUCACCGGGAACUAUGAUGUAAAUGUACUCAUCACAGCAUUAGAAGCUAGAAAGAAGAAGGUAAUCUGGCAUGAUCAUCGGAAAGGGGCUUCUUCAAUCGAUCUGGAUGCAGAUGCAUUGUUUGGUCUGAUGAUCAAUGUACCCGUCAGGAGGUUCAGAGGGCUUUGGACUGGCCGGCAUUGGGUGGCAAUUCGAAGCAUUAAUGGCACUUGGUUUAAUUUGGAUAGUGAUUUUUCUGCACCCAAGGAGUUUCAGGACAAAGAAAAACUUAUUGCAUUUCUAGACAGCAUUCUCAGUCAAGGUGGAGAAGUCAUGAUAGUGCUGCAAGAUGAAUAACAAUGCUGCUUCAAAUGCCAAAAGUCUACAGCAAUAGCUUGAAGCUUCUCAUAUGUGACUUGCAGUUGUUACUUGUUGUUACCCGUACAUACUUCAGGACUGAUUUUGUAGUGAGAUGCAUCUGCAGCUGCAAUUCCUCUGAAAACUUACCAUUUUGUUGGUGAGCAUAAUGGAUAGGGCCAUUCAGUACAUGGAAGGUCCAAUUCUCCAAACGUACAGCUGAUGAUUUUCUACUACUGUCACGGUCCAUGGCCUUUCUGUUUAAUUGUUCAGCAAGUCAAAUGCAAACAAGUAAUGAGCAGAGACAGAAAACCUGCUUGCUGAGACAUCGACUGUGCACAAUUACAUGUUUCUUAUGCCAUAGUGCAUGAAAACCACCUUUUUUCUUGGCGGAGGGAGUAAUAUUGUGGUGUUAAUCAAUUGUCAAUGAAAACAUGUUGCUUGUGCUGUUUGCAUGGAUAUCACCUUUUUUUUUGGGGCGGAGGGGAUUGUGUUGAUAGAGAUAGUGUAGUUUUGCUGCAAUAGUUGUAUAUGUUAUGUGGAAAACCACAUUAAGUCCGCAUUUUGGGGCACUCAUACAAUUUGUUGAUUCAUCUUGUAAAAUGGAAAGUUGUAGCUUUGUUUUAAGUAGUGUUAGUUUUGCUGCAAUAGUUGUAUAUGUUCUGUGGAAAACCAUAUUAAGUCCACAUUUUUCCGCGCUCAUUCAAUUUGUUGAUUCAUCUUGUGAAGUAUAAAGUUGUAGCUUUGUUUUUAA